AUGGCUUUUCCGCAACCGAACGCCCAGAGAGAACUCGCAAAUCGCAAAAUUUUGGAGGAUUUGCAACUCAAGAAGCAGCUCCUGUUGAAACAAGGGGUUGCUUCGACGCUAAACUCGUCGGCUUUGCCGGUCUUGGGGUCCCCCAACAUCCAGCAAACUGACGGUUAUUCGAUGAGUUCGCUGCAAAGGGCUGCCCUACAAACGGCAAACUCUCAAUCAACUGGUUAUUUCAUCUCUCAGGACUCCUCCUUUGGUAACUUUAUUCUCCCGGUGCUUCCCCGCUUCGAGAACAGUAAAUAA